GGGCACUUCCGGAAACAGAACGGGCGUAACGUCCAAUCACGCAAGACUUCAAUUUUAAAUGAGAGCCGACGGUUCUUUCUUCCUGUUACUGGGAAUCACAACAGCAACAAAAGAGUUUUCAGGUGCUCAGGACUCUUUUGCAGCUAGUCGGUUGAUUUUGAGCUUCAGCGGCCUCUCGCCGACAGCUGUUUGAUGGGAACCCAGGAGGGAGAGAGAGACUGGAUAGAUGUGGCAAAUGAUCUACUCAGCAAGUGUCACAUAAACCUGCGGCUGAGGAAGCUCACGGACUGUGAUGCAAAUGUUUUCGUUGCUUUGUAUGAGAAUAUCUUGGGGGAGAAAGUUCCAGAUUAUAUUGCAGCAGCAUGCAGUCAAGAGGAUGACAUCCAUAACGUUCAGUCUGUGAUAGAUUCACUGUCCCUGGAUUACCUUCAGAUCAGCCUCUCACACAUCACAGGAGAAAAUGUUGUCAGAGGGGACAAAGAGUCUAUCAAGAAUCUCCUGGAAAUCUUUGAUGGCCUCCUUGAAUAUCUUAAUGAGGAGAUAAGCGAGGAGUCACAGAAUGAUGAGGAAGUGAGUGACCAUCUCAGUGAGGAAGCGCAUGGUGAAACCAAGGGCCCAGCAAAUUGUGAUGCCACAGAGCAGAAGGAGAACAAACUUGAUGGAACAUCAUUGUCUUCCAAUGGAGAGUCUGCUGUCCUGUCGAGUAAACAUUCCCUCCAGUCUUUGAAUGCUGAGGAAAUGGGAUCAGUUAGCGAGCUGGGAGUCUCUGCACGCACCUUUACAGAAAAACAAGAAGGACCGGCUUCCCCUCCCCAAGCCUCAGAUGCAGUCACCGCCUCUGAUCGUCUGGAUGUUCCACCGACCGAGCCACUGUAUUCAGCCAUCGCUCUGCAGCCACCCAACCAGAGCAGUGCUCCUCAGAGCCCUGGCACAGACGCACACGCACCCAGUCGGUCACCCACCGGCCUCAGCUACGGGCACACAGAGAAGGAAGCUGUUCCUGUCAGUAUGGAGACCUCCAUACCAGCUGCUGAGACCUUUGUUACCAACGGGCAACAGUCUCCUGCUCUUUGUCAGUCUCCUGCUGUGAGUGAGAAGUCUUCAGCCAACCAGCAAAGAGUAAGGACAGGAGCGAAAGGGGAGAUACAACAGCCAACUAAUGGGGGUCCCAGGAGGGUUUUAUACCGCACCCAACCAGAUGUGCUCUUCCUCACCUUGCAGGAUGAGAUGGAACUCUUCACCACUUCUCCAACAGACAGUGAAGACGAAGAGCAAAAUGAGGAGGAUCUGAGAUGUACACAUAGGCUACAGGACAGAAGGAUGGGUCACAGACAUAGGACAGGUGUCAGCAUUAGCAGGUUGGAGGAGGGUUUUGAGGAUCCGCUAUCCUACCGCAGACAGAGGAACAGGAAAGCUGAAGAGGAGCUGCAUGACAUAUCUGAAAAUCUGUCCCAUCGACUUGAGGAACUUGAUCAGAUGCUUAAACGGGUUUUGGGUGAAAGUGAAGAGCCCAUUGAGGUCAGAGAAGAGGACAAGAGGUCCCACCACAGCGACAGCAUCAUGGAGUGUCGCAAGACAUCUGGACAACACAUGGUUUCAGGGACGGCUGAUGCUGAGCACACCCAUCGGACGCGCUCCUUAUCCCCCUCUCCUCCACGUGCCCGUCGCUCCCUUCAGGGACAGGUAGAAGAUGCUGUGGCAGACACCUUGAACCUGGACGAUGGGAGACAGACAGACCUUGCAGCUUCUGAUCAUUGGAGACGAGGAGAGCAACGUCACAGGCAGUCUCACAGAAAACGCGGCAAGUAUCUGGAGAAUGAGACCUACAAGGAGGAGUUGAGAAGAUAUGAAGACAAAAAACGGGCAGAUCUUGACAAAGCACGUCUCAAAGCUCAGGAAGCUGAGCGACAGUAUAGAGAGGCCAUACUAAGUGAUGUCUCCCAAGCCCCCCGACUGUCCCCAGCUAAAAAAAGGACCCAGCACAGGUUGCAGCUUAAACAAACAACACCAGGACGGAGACGACAUGAGGCCCCCAGAAGAGCUCAAUCAAUGAAGGUGAAGGAGAAUGAGCUCCUCCCAGUGCUCCUGGAGGAAUUACCCCACCUUCACAUUUCCCCUCAUGCUCUCGGACGGAUGUGGGAGCAGCAGAUGCAGCAGGUGGACAGACUCCAUGCCCUCACGUCCUCUCAUGGCCACCGGCGUCGCAGCAAUCUCUCCAGCCAGGUGGAGGAAGCACAGAGGAAACAUGACCUGCUGGUGGAGCUUGUCCGCAAAGAACAGGACCACAGCAGGCGUCUGAGGGACUUCAAAGAGCGAAUCCAGCAGCAGAAGUCGACACAGAACAGGCUGAGGGAGCAGAGGCAGCAGAUGGCCCGCGCCAAGAAGUACUACGAUGACUACCAUGUCCAGCACCGUGCUCGCCUGAUGAGGGCACGCACCAAGGAGGAGAGGAUGUUUCGACAGCUAUUUGAGGAGGGUUUGGAGCUACAGAAAGUCCGGUUGAAAGCACAGAGAGCCUAUGCCAGAGAGCAGCAACUCGAACAUCAGAGACGACACCAGGACCAGAUCGAGUCCAUGGAGAACUACUACAAAGACCAAUUUUCACUACUGGCUGAAAAACUUACACAAGAGCGGCAGGAGCUGCAGGUUCGGAAGAAAGCUCAAGAAAAGGCCCUGCUGAAGAUGAAGCGAGAGCUGCGUUCCAGGAUGGAGCACGAGAUUGGUGAACUGCAGAAGAUCAUCAUCCAGAAUGAUGAGGACGACUACAUCCAGGAUCUCGAGGUCCAGAGGCUGCGUAACCAGAUCCAGAUGGCUUCCUUCCAGCACAACACUAGUUAUCUGCACUGACCCGAGGAGCUAGACUCAGCUGUUUCUAAGAUCCACUCCAAUCAAGGCUGGAUUUACACCAGAGGAAUCGGGUGCACAAGACUAUUUCUGCCAUGGGUACGACAUUCUGAUGGCUGUCUCCUCAUGCAUCUUCCUCCACAGAUUUGCACAGGAGGAAAUGUACACAGGUCCUAAAUGAUUAAUAAUGAACCCAACACAUUCAGAUAAAAUGUAGCUUUUAGCUGAUUUAGCUAACUCUUCCUCCCACAUCAGCUGCUGUACCUAAUGAUACCUUGGACCAAAACUCCUGCUUCUGUGGUUUCACUGCUUGAUAACUAAGAACUUUUUUUAAAUCGACUUCCUCAUUGUGCAGCUCUCUUGUGCUGUUAUUGUAGCAGUAAAACACUAAAAAGGUUUUGUCUUGCAGAAUAGGGACAACUGAUGCAUAAGAUUUAACCUUCCAUUUUGUGUGUGUUGUCUUUUAAAGUUUUAACCUUUCUAAUGGAUUAUUUAUUUUUUAAUUUUAAUGUUAUUUGAUUUUUUGUAAUGAACCUAGUGUUGUGCAUUUUGAUUGCCAGGGGCGAUGAUAAUCAGUCUUCCUUUUCCUCAGCUCCAUUGUGAUUGUUUUUAGCUCUCAGCCAAACCUUAGAUUUUGGACUUAAUACCAAGGGCUGCAAUGAUAGCACAGUAUUUACUGGUGAUUGUGCACACAAUUGCCCAGUCACCACCCAUUAAAGGUGUGGGCCUACUCAUUUCCUCUGCCUGGACUG